AUGUUUCCUACCUUUGCCCAGCAUCCGAAGCCGGCAGCACCGACAAUCCAGGACACGACAGCACCGGAAGCCCCCGUCAGACCGACGCGCAAGCAGGUGUCGAGAGCAUGUGACUGGUGUCGCGCGAGGAGAAUCAAAUGCGACAAUGGAAGACCCUGCAGGGCCUGCAGGCAGCGGGAUGCACAAUGCACGCACAAGGGGACCGACGAGCCCCGGACUCUUCCCCAGGCACUAAGGGAGAUCGAUAAGCUCAAAGCCCAUGUCAAGGCUCUCGAGGGAGAGCUCAGCUCACGAGCACCGGCAAGCAUACCCACGCCCAGCGAGACCUCCAUCGGCGCCUCGCCCAUCUCGGCCAGGACCGACGGGCGCCCCGUGGCGGCGCAGGGCAACGGCAGCUACACCAGCAGCCCGGCGCACCAGCCCCCAUCUCUCAUCCCCGGCGGCGGCCUCAGCCCCCUUCCCACGUACAGGCCACAGUGGGAGGGCGUCUACGUGGCAACGUCGCGCGACGACAACCAGAAGUCAUACUACGGCCCUUCGUCGCACUUCUACUUCGUCGCCCGCAUCGGAUCGUACCUCGACAAGUCGUUCAACACGUCGCUCGGCACGCGAAGCCUACAGCCGCGCGGCGAGGCACGUCGCAACGUCGCCUUUGUCGAUCCCAGGGAGGCAGCAGAGCAGACCGGCGGCGGCGGCGACGGCGGCGUCGGCGUCGGCGUCGGCGCCAGGCCCAAGGGGAUGAGCCCUACGCUGGGGGAUAUCAGCAGGAAGCCUUUCAUGAGCCGCAGGCAGGAAGAGUACUUCCUCGGCCUGCUGUGGGAGUCGUUCCACUGUCUGCUGCCCAUCCUCGAUGAGACCGACUUCCGGAGACACUAUGCUUCCCUGUGGGAGCCGCCCACGAGGCAGCACCGCAAGAACUCGGCCCUCGUCGACAUGGCCCUCGCCGUGUGCCUGCAGUUCGGCUACACCUUCAUCACCAAACCUUCGGCCUCGUCCAGCUCGCCGCCCAACAAUGCUGCCCGGGUCCCCGAGGAUCCGACCAUGGCCGGCCGCAACUACUUCCACCGCGCGAAAUCCCUGCUCUCGGGCGAGCUCGAGAGCCCGACCAUCUCGACGGUGCAGGCGCACAUACUGUCGCUCAUGUACCUGUGCUGCGCGUCGUUCCACAACAUGUCGCACGGCUCCAUGGCGCAGACGGUGCGGAUGGCACAAGUGCUGGGCCUGCACGUGGAGCCCCCCGCCAGCAUGCCCCUGGCCGAGAGGGAGCUGCGCAAGCGGAUCUGGUGGUGCCUGUGGUUCAACGAGGCCAAGACGGCGGCCAAGCACGGACGCCUCCCGGCCAUUGACCGGUCGCAGCUCGGCGUCAGCCCCCCGUCGGACAGCGUCGAGGCUGCCACGGCCAACGGCGCGACGCUGGGCAGCUAUGGCGACGUCACCUGGCUGUCGUACGCGGUGCACAUGGGCAAGCUGAUCACGACGGCGUACGACAUCCACUCGUCGCUGUAUACCAAGUUCGGCGAGGUCCUCCAGGCGAGCGGCCUCUCGUCGCCGUACAAGGACCCGCGCGUGCUCGAGACAUGCGCAGAGGUCGUGGCCGCACAGCUGCCCUCCCUCAAGGCCUGGGUGGGCCAGGUGCCCUCGGGGCUGAAGAUGCCGCACCGCGGCGGGGGGGAGCCCCUCUCGACGGAUCGGGCGAUGCUCGACAUGGACCCGCUGGCCCCGACCUGGCUGCAGCGCCAGCGCAUCUGCCUCGAGAUCAUGUACCACACCCAGGUGCUCUACCUGUGCCGGCCCUUCAUCACCUUCUACUCCAACGCGGGCACCUACACGCCGGUGGCCGAGCGUCUCGCCUCGCUGUGCGUCGACCACGCCAUCGCCCAGAUCCUCGUCAUGCACCAGACCAAGACGGAGACGGACAACAUGGGCGGGUGGACAGAGUACUUCUUCUGGCACUGGAACGCCAUGCUCACGGCCGCGGGCUUCAUCCUCGCCUACCCCAUCCACCGCUCCACCCCGGCCGCCCGCAACGCGCUCGAGAAGGGCACGGUCGUGCUCGACCUAUACGGCCAGGACUUCCCCGUCGCCGCCGAGUCGGCCAACAUCAUCCGCAGGCUGAUCAGCCACGCCGACAUGCUGGCCAGUCGGCUGAGGGGGGAUAUCCCCCCGGCCUCGGCAGUGCCCUCGGAUAUCAAUCACAAUGCCAGGUACGAUGAACUCGCCUGGCUAGAUCCUAGUCAGCAGGACGAUCCCGUGUAUUACUCCGAGUUUAUGGACCUGGCUCUGUCGGUGGACCAGUUCAACAGCUUCGAGAGGUUCUUUGAUGUUGGCGACAUGUCCAUGCAGAUAUAA